AUGGGUGGGGAGCUCCGGGGACCCGGCAUUGAAGAAGUGAAGACGUCGGAGGUCUGGACAGGCAGGCCGCUGCCGAGCGUCUUCCAAGGAAGCGCUGCCGAGUGCGGCAAGUGGGGAUGCCCUGACCCGCCGGACCCCGCCGGGCCGGGCAAGAUAGUGGAUCAGCGGGGCACCACCACGGGCAAGGCGGCAGAGGAGCAGAUCGGCCAGACGUUCGACGCGGCGUCGGUCAAUGGCAUCAACCCCUUCGAGAAGAUGCUGGCGAAUGUGCCCCGGCCGUGCGACAAGAUGGGACCCUCACCUCGUCGAGGGACGGCUACUACUGCUACGGGGCCGACGCCUGCGUGA